AUGGCUCCAUCUUUCUCCUAUGCCACCGACUUUCCGCAUGAUACAAUCUUCGGUUUAUCAUCUGGUAACGCAAAGCUCGCUUCUGCGUAUUCGCUCUUGAGACAAGCCGAUGUGCUUACCGGCAAUCGAUUGGCUCACCCUGGCAUUGAAGGACUUCGAGCUACGCUCAUUCAACUUCAAGAGUCCCAUGCGGUGCUACGCCAGCGUGUUACGGGAUGGUACUUCCUCUCGUCGCUAUGGUAUGCCAAUGAUGCGGUGAUUGUAGAGCAUGUCGAGAAGUGCUGGGAGCUUUAUGUGCGAGCAUCGUCGUACGCCAAUGUCAUCGCGGACACCAGAGAACAAGGACACAAGCAAGGGCCAGGGAAUGCACGUCACUGUGGCGGUGUACCUAGGAGCACGCAGAACGUUCCCUCUGACCAUCCUGCCGGAUCCCGGGUCAUGAACAUUGGCGGGAUCUCUAGCACUAGCUUCGGAUUGGCAUUAAAUAUCCAAUGCGGAAACGAGUCGUACGGACCCAAUGAUGCGUCACCAAAGGCUCAAGCCAUUUCUACCACAUACGAAAGCGAUGACCCUGUCAACGAUAGCCUCCGCACUAAUCACGAAACUAUGCCACUGGUCACCGCCAUUACUCUCGCGGCCAUCGGACGACGCGUGCCCGGUCUUCAUGAGCCCGUUAUGAGAUGGAGUGAUAGCGAGGAACUGCAUCAAGUCUUGAGAAAGGACUUGAAGAAGGUUGUCAAAGGGGAUAUCGUAGUAAAGAGCAUCCAGACCGGGAUCCUUGAGUGUCAUACAGACGCUCGCUGCGGCUCGCAAGGCGGGAAAGACUCUGUUUUAAUUCAUGCGUUUACUUGUAAACUGACAAACCCGCGAAGCACGUUUGGUUGCCAUCUUCGAGCCAGCUCAGACGGCGUACCUGAGAAUAACUUGAAGCACUAUAUUAUCCUACUUGUAGCGGCUCUUUAUACAGCUCAGAACCCAAAUUACUGGAGAGAAUUCCAGCGGUUGGAACAUCGUCAUGGAUCAAAGCCUUGUACACAGUCUCCGCGUCCCAAGUGCCUCAUUGCUAUGCAUUGUAGCAUCGAAUCACGGGCAUCGAGAAAGUAUUUGACCUCCGCCAGAUGUUUCUGCAAACUAAACAAGGAGAGUAUUAAGCAGAUGAAACAGAUAUCUGGUUUGUCAACGCAAAUAAUCUCCAUGGACUCACAUCGGCCAAUAAGGACUGCACUCAAUCUUGCGUUCUUCAAAUCCCAUGAACCUAACCGGGAGAGGGAGAGAGAGUUUGAGGGAAUGAUCGUCAAGAAGUUAGGCCCACAGCUUUUUGGACACCUCUUGCCUUAG